AUGAACAUCACCGAUGAGUACGAUCAUUUGGCACCGAAGUUGAUUGGAAAGAAGGAGGGCACAUUUGCCUACUUCACUGUUCGUGAUCGUUGGCCAAAGAUCGUCACUAGCCUUGUGGAUCAAUUGGCUCGGAGACGAGCAGAACUCAUCGAGCAGUAUGGAAAUGGUGUCGAAAGAGACAUUGCUGACAUACUCGAAAAGUUUGCUAAACUUCGCUACGAGAUCAUGACCGACAAAGCGUUGUGCAAUCUCUGUGAAGACCGUCUGGACGGGAGGAAAUGGCGAGAGAUGUUGAAUGAUAUGCGGACAGGGAUCAUGCCCAACGACACCGAGGAGCUGACCUACUUCAAGGGACCAUGGCUCUUCGUCGAGUGUUUCCUGUACCGCUACAUUUACAGCGCAUUCAAUAUCACUAACCAUUUGGGACAAAUGGAUUAUUUCGAGGAGUCGAAGAAAAAGAACUUCAUGGAUCAUCUCCCACAAAUCGAGGAGUCCGCCGCGUUCCUCAUGAAAAUCUCCGCGAAAGAUGCUCCAGUUCACGAGCUCUUCGGAAUUAACACGAUACUCAAAUCGAGUUUGUGGGGAAACCGUGCGGAUAUGUCGUUGACUGGUGGUGAUGAUCAUACCAUGAAAAUGUCUUCAAUCGCUGCAUCCUCGAAACUCGCCGACUUUGUCCUCAUCGACGACGUCAAUGAGUUGAUCUGUAAGGUCCUUGGACCCCUUCAAAUCAACGAGAAAAAACUCAAAAACCGUCGCGUUGACAUCGUGUUGGACAACGCCGGUGUUGAGUUAGCCGGUGACUUGGUGCUCGCUGAGUUCCUUCUCGCUCGUGGAUUCGCUGACAAAGUGAUUGUCCAUGGAAAGGCGAUCCCAUGGUUUGUCAGUGAUACCACUGAGAAUGACUUCAAUUGGGUUGUCGACCAAUUGAAAGAGGCUGGUCCGGAGAGCACGAAAUUCGGAGAGCAGUUGAAGAAACGAAUUGAAAAUAUGGAGAUAAUUUUCAAGUGUGAUCUCUUCUGGAUCUCACCACACCCCUACUAUAUUAUGGAGAAAGAGGCGCCCGAGCUUUUCGAAGAGCUCACUACGUCCUCACUCUUAAUCUUCAAAGGAGAUCUCAAUUACCGUAAACUGGUCGGUGACCGCGAUUGGGAUCUCGAUACAUCGUUCAAAACCGCGUGUCGUGGAUUCGCACCGUGUCCAUUCUUCGCGUUACGAACGCUUAAGGCGGAGACUGUCGCCGGGCUCAGUGCGGCCUCAAUUGAUAAGUUGUUGGCGAAAUUCGACGAGGACAACUCAUGGAUGACGUCAGGAGAAUAUGCCGUCUGCCAAUUAGGCGGCGUUUAA